AUGCCGUUCACUCGGCAUGACUACAAACAAAGUGUCUUCAAGGAUCAGCACCAACAAGAUCCUCCCUCGUGCCGGAAAGAGGAUCUAAAUCUUGCCAGCGUAAUCCAAAUGGCCACGUCUGAAAACCCCAGCGACAGGCGACCCGCCCCCGACGGGCUUCCCUUGUGCACCGAGAAGACUCCGGUACCAUUUGAAUACUGGGCACGGGACGCGACCCAGUUUGAGCGCCAGCUGCUGGAGAUGCCGGCGGCACAGGACCAUCCGGUGGCCAAGGCUGGGGACAUCAGCUGUGCCUAUAUGCCAUCCGACAGUCAACCCCACCGGGUGGGAAAGCUAAUCCAGCAACGGGGCAAGGUCAUGAUGGGGCAAGAGCGAUGUACCCGCUGCGCGAAAGACUCUUUCUGUCCACUGCUCCGCCAGAUGGCUCCAUCUUCAAACUCCAAGUCGCCCACCCCUCAGGCCGAGCCCUGGGCACAGAGUGCGGACUCUACAUCUUCAAUGUCCGAGACCAGCACCAAGCCAACCAGCAAGAUCCUUUCUGCGAAGACUGCCCCCUUCUAUCCUACCACCCCCAAGCUUGCUUUCGCCCAGCCUGCCACCGCCCAGCCUCGCUCCAACAAGGGCAAGACAUCGUCUAUAUUGGACAUUAUCAGCGCCGAGCAAGUCGGUCGCCAGGAUGGACCCGCUCAGAAGACUUCCUUGGGAGUUUGUGUUCCUGAUCAAGCAGUACAAACUCAAGAUGAAGCAUUUGGAAAUGGCAGCAAUAAGGUUCCACUCCUCGAACCCCCGCCUCGCCUCCAAGGAGGGAUGGAUAAGGUGACCGAGGCAGAUGGCAGAAUCAUGGAGGCAUACUACCAUCGUCCAUAUGGCGGCAUGUAUUCCGGGUCGGUGCGAACGGGGGAUUGGCACACGCUCAGUACUCCCGACGCGACUGCAAUGCCCCUCCCAAGCUGCGAGCUUCUGCGUAUGCAGGUCGUUUUGACACGGAUUCUGAGGCUGUCCGGGGAAGAGCGAAACCGAGAGCUUUGGACCAGUCGCGAGGACGGGAAAGAGCCUGAAUACCAGAUCGAAGAAACACGAUAG